GUUAAUGGCAUUGAAGCGUAUGGGAAUUGUUGACAACUACGAGAAAAUUCGAGAGUACACAGUAGCUGUUGUUGGGGUCGGGGGAGUAGGGAGUGUGACUGCUGAAAUGUUGACAAGAUGUGGUAUUGGAAAGUUGCUGCUGUUUGAUUAUGAUAAAGUAGAGCUGGCCAACAUGAACCGUUUAUUUUAUCAGCCCCAUCAAGCUGGACUGAGCAAGGUAGAAGCUGCUGAAAAAACUUUGAAAGAAAUCAACCCUGAUGUAGAAUUUGAAAUUUACAAUUACAACAUUACCACAAUGGAGAAUUUCAAUCAUUUUGUUGAUAGAAUCACGAAAGGUGGUUUAAAGGAAGGUGAACAUGUAGAUUUAGUACUGAGCUGUGUGGACAACUUCGAGGCUAGAAUGGCCAUCAAUACAGCUUGUAACGAAGUAGGUCAGACAUGGAUUGAAUCGGGUGUCAGUGAAAACGCUGUGUCAGGUCAUAUACAGGUUGUUAUACCAGGAGAAACAGCUUGUUUCGCUUGUGCUCCUCCACUGGUUGUAGCCACAAAAACAGAUGAGAAGACAUUGAAAAGAGAAGGUGUUUGUGCAGCUAGCCUUCCCACCACCAUGGCAGUUGUUGCGGGAUUUCUUGUGCAGAAUACUCUAAAAUAUCUACUAGGUUUUGGAGAUGUAACACACUAUCUGGGUUAUAACGCAUUACAAGAUUUCUUCCCCACCAUGUCAAUGAAACCAAAUGAACAAUGUGAUGAUAGACACUGUCAGAGACAACAGGCUGAAUAUAAGAAAAGAGAAGCAGCCAAACCAAAACCUGUGAUAGAAGAAACAAAGGAAGAAGAAGUUGUACAUGAAGACAAUCCUUUUGAAAUAGAGCUUGUGUCAGAAACCACAUUAGAAGAGGCGCAGGCAUCAGAGGGGUCUCAACCUCAGCUGGCUGAGGGGUUAAAGGUUGCAUACACAGUACCCGCACCGGAACAGGGGGACCAAGCAAAUACUACAGUUGAGACAGAGGGACAAAGUUUAGAAGAUCUUAUGAAUCAGAUGAAAUCAUUAUGAUACUAGACAACUAUUAGUAUUUGGUUCAUUUUUAUCACACAGUCCUGUUGCAUGGAAUCUCGUGAAUUUAUGAGAAUUCAUUAUAAUUUUCAAGUUUGCCAUAUUAUAGGGAUAACAAAUGUUUUCCUUUCAUGUUAAUUUGAUGUUAGAACAGGAAACAAACAUGCUUUAAUGCUAUUCCAGCAGGAAACAUGUAAUAAGCUAUGUCAAAUAAAUGUAAUAUUGACAUGUAAGACAUGUUUUUUAUGCAUUGCAGGGCCUAGUAUGUAUAUGUUUCAACAUGGACUUGGCAAAUAAGAAAAAGUGUAAACGCAUAUAACUCUCCUGUUAAUUAAAAGCACCCCUUGAAAACAGCAGUCUUAUGCUAGAAUGAUUAUUUAUAAAUUUAUUUAUUUAUUUAAUGAUACAAAGACUUAGAUAGAUAGAUUGCGUCAUUUAAAAAUGACAAAUUUAAUUAAAUAUUUGGCAUAUACCUACAGUAUUGGAAUUCUAAUAGAUUUUGUAAUAGAACAUGUUUCAUUGAACUUUGCCUGCAUGGAAGGCAAAACGUUCAUACCUUUCAUUUGGUACUUCCUUUUCAGUGAAUUAUUGAAAUAGCAGAAUGAAGUACUUGUAUAUCAAAUAUGAGCCGCGCCAUGAGAAAACCAAGAUAGUGGCUUUGUGACCAACAUGGAUCCAGACCAGCCUGCGCAUCCGCGCAGUCUGAUCAGGAUCCAUGCUGAUCGCUUUCAAAACCUAUUGCAAUUAGAGAACCUGUUAGCGAACAGCAUGGAUCCUUACCAGACUGCGCGGAUGUGCAGGCUGGUCUGGAUCCAAGCUGGUCGCAAACCCACUAUGUUGGUUUUCUCAUGGCGCGGCUCAUUUCAAUCUUACACUGAAACAGACAAAUAACCUGACAGUGUAUUUAUAAACUCUGCAUUUGAAGAUACAGAUUAACUUCAUUUUCAGAAUUGUAUCAUUUAAGACUUCAAGAAUUUAAGAUUGUCUGCAAAAGCUUGAAUACACAAUGUAUUUUCUGUUUACAUGUAUUUUUUUUUUUUUGCUUUAAAUGUCUGAGGAUAACUCCUUUGAUUACACAGAAGAUUCUGCACAUACUCUUAAUAAGUUGAGUGAAUGUAGAAAGGAAGACAAAAAUAUUCCUUAAAGUAAUGCUGAAUUAUGGCAUUUAACAGCAGUAGAUACUGGGAUAAAACGGCAGUGAAUUACGGCAUUUAACAGCAGUAGAUACUGGGAUAAAACGGCAGUGAAUUACGGCAUUUAACAGCAGUAGAUACUGGGAUAAAACGGCAGUGAAUUAUGGCAUUUAACAGUAGUAGAUACUGGGAUUCAACAGCAGUGAGUUACUGCAUUUAACAGCAAUAUUUCCUUGGAAUGGAAAUAUAUAUAUACAAAACUUUAUUGUUAAAGAGUCUGGAACGGUUUUGUGAAGUAUUAUUUACUUGCAGUUAAAGUUGCAGCUAAAGUCCUUAUUCAGUGCUUUGUGUGGAUGUACAAUUAUUUUAAGGAAAACGCUUUUGUAUGUAGUAUGACUGGGAAUUAUAAUUGUGUUUAGUUUCAAUUCUGUGUUUAAUAUUAUAUAUUAUUAUUAUUAUGUCAAAUCAAAGUAUUUCUGUUGAUAUGUAUUAUUUAUUUUUUGUUUACUUGAUAAAAUCAAUAAAAUGGUGCAAGAUUA